ACACACACGGAAGCAAGCAAGAAAAUAUACAGCACACAACAAACAACUCCAUUUUUUCCCACGGUCUCCGAUCUCCUAAACCACCCGCCCUUCGUCAGGAGAGAAAUGCUGCCUACUGAGCCUCGCCGUGGCCCCAGGAGGUCCUGCCUCGCCCCAGGAAGGCUCUUCAGAGGUGUGUUUCGUCCCCGUAGACCCUUCAGGAGCCACGGGAGAGGACCUGGCGCGGGGGAGGCCGGUUGAAGCCCCUUUGACCUGGGAUGACGUGUAUGCGCCUCCAGAGACCGUGGUGAGCGGUGCCAUCUGCGAGACUCCGGAGUAUGACUGCUACUGCUCCACCUUUCAGCUCACGCCCGUCUUCAAGGUGGACCUCGGAACCUCCAAGACCGUCGGACGCGUGGUGGUCAGGGUAUCGACAACAUACCCAGCAAAUUUCGACGACGUCUACAUCUACGUGGGUGACUCUGGCACCGACGAAGACGCCCAUUUCCACACCUACAGCGGCAGCGCGGUGGGCGGCGAAGUCCUCACGUUCAAGGGCGGAAAAGACGCUCCAGGGCAGAUUCGUCACGAUGUACAUGAGGAAAACGCUCUCCGCCUCGCUCUGUCUGUGCCUCAUGCAGGUCUAUGCCUUCUAG